AUGCACAGCAGAGAUUUAAGACGAGAUCACGGUGGCAAUUAUAAUAAUUAUGGAAAUCAAAAUCGAACUAAUAAAAGAGGUGGCCCAGCACGCAAUCAUGUAAUACCCACGGAACCUCCAUUUACAGCAUAUAUUGGCAAUGCACCAGAUUCAAUGGUACAAGGUGAUUUUGAACAUCAUUUAUUUGUUGGUAUUAAAGUGAAACAAGUUCGACUAGUACGCGAUCGACAAACAGAUCGAUUUCGAGGCUUUGCAUAUGUUGAUUUUGAGGAUGCGGAUUCCUUACGUAGUGCGAUUGCAUUGGAUGGAACGUUUAUUAAUGAUCAACCGAUUCGAAUUGAUGUUGCAAGUCGACCACUUGGUGCAACGAAAGCAGAAGGAUUUCGAAAUAAAACUGGUUUUCAAUCACGUGGAGAUUCUCUCCCACAAUUAUCAGGUCACAAUAAUAAUAAUCGAUCUGGUCGUGGAUUUCGUUAUGAUGGACAUGGUAAUAAUCAACAAAGAAAUGCUCAAAUUACUGGCGAUGGUUCUUAUGGAAAUGGAUAUAAUGAUGGUUAUUAUAAUGAAGAUAAAGUCAAUGACAAAAAAGAUUCCAUUAGAAUUAACGAACGAAAAUCUCAAUCCGACAAAGAACCGUCACCACCAACAUCACGUAAAGUAUCUGACGAUGUAUUUAUUACAUCAGAUAUUACGACAACAAAUGAUAAUGAAAGUCAAGAGCAUAGCGAUCCUAAAGCAGAUCUUUCAAGCAUGACACGGCAACAUACUCGAAACUGGGCUGACUGUCCUAUUGAUGAAUCCGUUGUGGAAACUUCACCAACAUUUCAGCGUACUGUAACUCAAGAUGUUGCUGAUAAUUUUCAAAAUGUCCGUGACAAAAUUCCAAAAUCACAGACAUUGCCACGUCUAAUGAGUAAUCAAUUGAUGCGUGGACGUCACGAUGGAAAUUAUUCUCGUGGAUUACCAUCAUCACAAACAUCAACAGGUGACCGUACGUUUCAUGAUCAACUAUCAUAUACAAAUCAACCUCAACAGUAUUAUCAUCAUCAUCAUAAUUCUCAAAUGCAACAGCCUCCUGUUCCGAUAAAUCUAUUGUAUGAUCAUAAUCGAAAUCAAACAUCAGCAGGAUCUCGACAACGAUCAAAUUUUAAUAAAACAAAUAAUAAUCGAAAUUAUAGAGAUGAUCCAUCGGAUAGAGAUGAAAAACGUUUAACAUCAACAAUAAGUAACACUAGUGCACAGAAUACUAAUACAGUAUCUGCAGAAAAUCGGCCACGUUUACAAUUAUUACCUCGUACACAAAAAAACAACUCAUCGCCAGUAGACGAUAAAAAACCAGCAGAAGGAGCAAUACGAAAUUCAAGUAUAUUUGGAUUGGGUAAAGCACGCGAUGAAUAUGAUCCAAAAUUAAUGGAACUUAGUAAACAUAUUGAAGAAAUAGUUGAACAAGAACAACAUGCCGCUCGUACAAAAUCAACGACAUCCAAUGACUCGACACAAAAUAUAAUUAAGCCGGUGCGAAUAUUAUCUUCACGAUCUGAAUCCUCGACUGAUCAUUAA